UGGGGAAGGUGAGGCGCGAGAGGAGGGCGGGGCGGACCCCCCGCCCCCAGCAGGUCUCCUCGCGGCAGGAGCCGCCACUGCGCUACCGCCGCCCCCCGGGACAGGGCGGGCAGGUGCUGUUUUAGAAGAAUAGCCUCUGACCAAGAGUAAAAAUUGUUGUCGGAAUAAUAUGCGAACAGAUCAUGAAGAACUCUGUGGCACCAGUUAUGGAUCUUUUUGUCUAAAUGGAGGGAUUUGUUAUAUGAUUCCUACUGUAUCCAGUCCAUUCUGCAGGUGUAUUGAGAAUUACACAGGAGCCCGUUGUGAGGAAGUUUUGCUGCCCAGCAUCAAGUCCCAAACUAAAGGUGACCUGUUUGCAGCUUUCUUGGCUUCACUACUUCUUCUAGGAGUUCUUGUAAUUGGAGCAUUCUACUUCCUUUGCAGGAAAGCUUCCAUUCCAAGGACAAGUUCUUCAGAGUGUGGUGCCAGUUUGGUUGAAAUGACAAGCAGCAAUAGCUGCAACAAAAUAAUAACAGAGUAAAGCUUUAGAAGAAUGCAGAGCAACCCUAAGAAAACACUAGUUGUAGAGGAAGAUGCUAUAAGCAAGAUGAGAGAAAAAAGAAGACUGAAAUAGAGGCUUCACUUACGUGUUGGAGAAGACUGCCACUAAGGCAAAGAGAAAAAGUUGCACUUAUUACUGUUUCUCUCUGUUUUUAAAGGUGUAUCAAAUUAUAUGGAAAUCACUAAUAAUUUGUUUGCAUUUUGUACAAUUUUUCAUGACAAGUUAGUGUUUUCAAUAAUGCACAGAGAGCAGCAUGAGAUAGUUUUGGGUUUUACUGCCUGGGAAAUAUGAAAUAAUCUUUUUGUCACUACCAUGGAUGAUAAGAGAUAAUUGUCAGGGUUUUAGC